UCCAAAGGGGUAUGAUAAAACAAAACCCAAAGCUUAUGAACCAUGAAAAAAUCCGAAGCACAAACGCUCCUCUGCACCCCCUUUUCUUCUUUCCCCAUUCACACGUAAGCCCAUAGAAAUAAUUCAUCUCUCUCUCUCUCUCUCUCUCUCCGUCAUUUUUCAAACAUUGAAUUGGGUCUUCUCCUUCUAUCUUCAUUUAUUGACUUUCACUUUCAAAAAGAAGAAAAUAAAGCUAUCAGUCAUAGAAAAGAUUUUAUUUUUCUUGAAAGCCUUUGAAGGAGGAGGAGGAGGAGGUUUAGAAAGAAGGGGGCUGGGAUGGGGUCGUGUAGCAGCCGACUAGGCUCGAACCCAUCAUGGGGGAGACUCAACCGCCGCCCCAAACGGCGUUCCAGACUCUCUUCUUUUUUCAUCUGCGGUGCCUCUUCAUCUCAUGCUCCUCUUGAGAUUGAAGAUUAUCCAGCUGAAAUUCUGGUGAAGUCGGCAGAUCACUCUGACCCAGUUAGCAACAUUGUCCAAAGUCCCUUGGAGGAAUCUGCUUUGAUAUGCAGUAUGGGAACAAGAUUUAGCAGCAUAGAUAGUGAAACUGGAAUUCCAGCUGAAAGCAGUUCUGCAGCCAGUCAGAAUUCCUCUGUUGCAGGUGGUUCUAGAGAUGUAGAAACUAGUCAUUGUAGGAAAUGCUUGACUGAAAAUACAGAGUUAGUUGCUUCUCAGGUAGAUGCUGGUUAUGAUCACGGUGAAUCUCAUAAGGAUAGUAGUACUUCAGCUAGCACUCCCUUUAUAGAACAACAGUCUUCAGAUCCUGUCUCAGAAAAUCUAUCGACUAAUGAGUGUGCAGUCAGAUUUGAAAAUGCAAACAAGGGUGUGUCUGAGGUCUGUCCUGAGCCAAGUAUUUUGUCUCCUCGAGGGCUUGAAGAUUCAAAUUCACACAGAAUACCUGUUGAGAAUGAGUCGGGUGAAGUAACAACAGUACGUAACUCUGGUUUUGCUUCUGCUCCUCAUGCCUCAGAACCAGAGACUUCUCACUCCAUCGGAGGUGAAUCCAUUAUAGAAGUGAUGCCUUCAGGUUUAGGAUUUCUCCUAUCUAAUAGGGAGAGGAGCCAGGGAGAUGGAAGUGUUCUUCAUGUUGAUCUCGUGAGUCUCUCUUCCAAUAUUUUAUCAGGUGGCACUGCUGAUACAAGUAAUCGUGAAUCCAGGAGGAAUAGCAGAAGAAUGUUUUCGGAUGCUUUUUCGAGACGCAGUUCCAGAAGAGUUAAUAAUUCCCAGUCCAUUUUUCUUUCAACAGAUGAUAAUAAUGAUCCAGGAUUUGAUAACAGAUGGCUCCUUGAUUUCGAUCGUGAUUUCUUUUAUGAUGGGGCUGCAGGUGAUUCUGGUUACCUCAGCAGUAGAAUUCAUAGAUUAAAUGAACGAAGACGACACUCAAGACUAGAGAAUUGGUUAAGGCUGCAUGGUGGACAUGAUGAAAAUCAUCGGCGAACUACAUUUUGUCCAUCUGGAAUCCACCCUGAUGGCACUUGCUCAUGUGAUUCUUCCCUGAUAACUGAUGAGCCUGGUGCUCGUGUAAGCAUAUCUCGAAUAGUUAUGCUUGCUGAGGCUCUAUUUGAGGUUUUACAUCGUCAACCAGUAUCACUUUCUCUAUCCAUGGUAUCACCGCCGGCUCCCGAAUCUGUAGUUGAUUCUUUCCCCCUCAGAAGUCACAAAAAAGCAAAUGUAGCUGAGGACGGGGAUGCUGUUGAACAGUGUCAUAUAUGUUUGGGUGAAUAUGAGGAAGGGGACCAAAUAAGAAUUCUGCCUUGCCAGCAUGAGUUUCACAUGUCUUGUGUGGAUAAAUGGCUCAAAGAGAUACACGGAGUGUGCCCACUUUGCAGAGGCGAUGUUCGUCAUGGUGGUGGGGAGUCUUCUGUCUCAAACUCUGAGAUUCCAUCUCUUUGAUGUAACUGUACAUAUGCAUGUAAAUACAGUAAUGGAUUCUUGUAUAAAUGUUAUAUCUAUAUUUAUUUCCUGUUUACCAUGUUGUAGCAUCUUUUUUUCCUCGUAGAUGUGGCCUAUGUGGAAUUAUUAAGUUUAGCAAAUUGAGGAAAUAGGAUCUUUUUGGCCUUGCAUUUUACUCAUUGAUGGCUACAUCUUUAAUGUAAUCAAUCAAAAACCAUUGCUGGGUUAUUAUCAAGCAGGAAUAAAAAUGAGUUUGAAA